GCCCUUCCCGGCUUCCUCCGCGGCGUUCCCACGCCGACGCUCCCGAGGUUUGCGGGGCACUAGGUGGCUUCGCUCUUCGCGUCAGCAAGUGACCGAGACCAUGGCAGCCCAGAAGAUAAACGAGGGGCUGGAGCAUCUGGCGAAGGCAGAGAAAUACCUGAAAACUGGGUUUUUAAAAUGGAAGCCAGACUACGACAGUGCUGCUUCUGAAUAUGGAAAAGCAGCUGUUGCUUUUAAAAAUGCCAAACAAUUUGAGCAAGCAAAAGAUGCCUGCCUACGGGAAGCUGUUGCCCAUGAAAAUAACAGGGCUCUUUUUCAUGCUGCCAAAGCUUAUGAGCAAGCUGGCAUGAUGUUGAAGGAGAUGCAGAAACUGCCUGAGGCCGUCCAGCUGAUCGAGAAAGCCAGCAUGAUGUACCUGGAGAAUGGCACCCCUGAUACAGCAGCUAUGGCCUUGGAGCGAGCUGGAAAGCUCAUAGAAAAUGUAGAUCCAGAGAAGGCUGUGCAGUUGUAUCAGCAGACAGCCAAUGUGUUCGAAAAUGAGGAGCGCCUCCGGCAGGCAGUGGAACUACUGGGAAAGGCCUCCCGGCUGCUGGUACGAGGACGAAGGUUUGAUGAGGCUGCACUGUCUAUUCAGAAAGAAAAAAAUAUUUAUAAGGAAAUUGAGAAUUAUCCAACAUGUUAUAAGAAAACAAUCGCUCAGGUCUUGGUUCAUCUACACAGAAAUGAUUAUGUGGCUGCAGAGAGGUGUGUCAGGGAGAGCUACAGCAUCCCAGGGUUUAAUGGCAGUGAAGACUGUGCUGCGCUGGAACAGCUCCUAGAGGGGUAUGACCAGCAAGACCAAGAUCAGGUGUCGGAUGUCUGCAACUCACCCCUUUUCAAGUACAUGGACAAUGACUAUGCUAAGUUGGGCCUAAGCCUAGUGGUCCCAGGAGGAGGAAUCAAGAAGAAAUCACCAGCAACACCCCAGGCCAAGCCUGAUGGAGCUGCCAGCACAGCCGCUGAGGAGGAGGAAGACGAGUAUUCAGGAGGCCUGUGCUAGUACCCUGCCUGCAGAGAGAUGAGAAGUUGGGAAUCCUGGCGAGCCUGUUGAUGGGGUUAAGACUCAUCUGUGGUCAUCUGCUUCACGGAGAUUGUGAUGCUGAGUGUUAAUAUAUGUGAAGUUUAGCUUGCCUUUCCCCAACUCAGCCAUUGUGUCUGCUACCUGUGAAGCUUUGUCCUUUCCGUUCUAAGAGCAGAAAUGAGCGGUCAUAUUUUAAUAAUUGAAUUUAAAAUGUAUAGAUAAAUUUCAGAUAAAUUAUAAGCGAGGCAGGAAAUAGGCAUAAAUACUUUUUUCUCAUGUGUUCUUGUAAUUUAUUGUUAAAUAAUUGUCAUUGCAUUUUAUUUAACGUUACUUCUAAACAUGAUUUUUCUUUUCUUUUUUUUUUUUGGUAAAAAUUAUUAUUUCAAAAUUGGUCUGGUUCUUCCCACCAUCUUUCCGUGUUGUCACAUGGUACCCAUGCAUGUUCUGACUAAGGUUCUCAAGAGCAUCCUCAGUGCCCAAAAGAGAGACAGACAGCAGGUCCUCAGCGGGCAGCACUCCAGUGUCACCCUCCAGUCUGACUGGUGAUGCGUGCUGACACCUGACACCCUUACACGGGUGAUGAGAGCGUUGAUGGUCACAGAACUGGGAAUGCUGUUGUCGCCCUGCAGGCAGGCUACACAGGUGUGGGUAUCAGCCCAGGUUAGACCUAGAUAGGGCACUUAUCUUCCCGUCCUGUCAGAUUGGCUGCACUGUACCAGUAGCCUCAGCUGGCACUGUGGACCAUGAAGAAGCUUGACGGAGACACAGAGAGGAAGACUUGGGGUUCUCUUUUUAGGACUAUAAAAUGUAAGAAUGAAAGCAAUGUUUCUGUAGACGGAGAACUUGUCUCAUUCUGAAAAGAAAAUUUAUCCAUCACCAUAUUAGAUACAUUUAAAUUACUGAGUAUUUUCAGAGACAGGUUUGGGACAAAAGCUUUAUAAUAUUUAGCUCAAUACAUGACCACAAAAUGUGAAGCCAAGUAUUGGUGUUUCUUUUUUAACAACAAUAAAAAGAUGGCUGCGUUCCAAACUGGGACUGAUUAAGACCAUUUGCAUGAGUCCAGAAUGACAGGUAAUGUUCCUGUCAGUCUAGUAUGUGUGCAUUUCUGACCUCCAAAGCAGUUCUGAUGUAGAGUUCACAAUUUAGCAUGAGUUGUUCUGUAUACUACAAAAAGUAAAAAGCUAGUGUGGGUGUGUAGGGGUGUGUGUGUGACAAUGCUUUUGAAAGACAUACAUUUAGAACUGAGUAACCAGUCUUUUCAUACCUCAAAAGACCUUCCAUGCUUAUUUCCUAAAAGUUAGUUUUGAAGCAUUCCUCUUUUUCUAAACCUGUGUGGUUUCAACCCUCUGAGAAUUGGUGUGGACUGAAGAGGAUGCAAACAGCAGCAAUGCGUGCCCCAGGCAGCAGUGCAUGCACCAGGCAGCAGUGCUGAUGGACUAGUUCCUGUCCUCAUGCUUCACCGCUGCGUCUUUGUGACACACCGCAUUUGCAUAUAGUAUGCUUGGCUUUGCUGGCUUUCUGGGAUCUAGGAAAGUAUCUUUAUGUUACUGGUCCUGGGAGAUCUUCAGACUAGCAUCUUCUGCCAGGCAUGCUUGAGUGGGUGGAUGUCACGUAGAAUCCCUGCACGGAUUACAGAUCUGAUGCAAAACACUAAUAAAAGUUUUAUAUUUUCCCCUAAGUUACCUGGAGAGUUGUUUGGGUUGCCAGCUCAUUGUCUUUAAUUGCAUUGAAAUUAUGACUAAAGCUGUAUUUGGCAUUUUUAUUUAAAGAGGAAAUUGGUAUUUCAAAGAUGGUGCCGAUGUUGUGUUUACCUUUAGAUCCAACCAGAAACAUCAUGCUUAUUUGAACAAAUUAAUACUCUAUAAAAUAGAUUUGACAGUACUUAAAAGUUACUUUAGACAAUUGUGUGGCCCCUGUUAUUCAAUAAAACCUUGUAGGGAGUCAGUUUUACUCAUAACAUCUUAAACAAAAAAGGAACCAUGAAUGCAUUGUGGAGCAGCAUUGCAGCUCAGUUUUAAAGCAACAGAAGGAUUUAGACAGUUGUCCACCUCCCGCCAUUCUCAGCCAGCGCUCAGGAUUUCGAGCUCAUUUUUGUGUCGGUUAGGUUAUUCUGGGUGGUGUCUUGGAGCUUUUGUUCCAUGUGCACACGUAUUCUUUUUUUUUUUCUUUUUACAGAGGUCUAUGUAUCUAGCAUUUUAUUUUUCUACCUGCAUUAAUUCUGCACUCCGGAGAGCUUAGUCAGAUUUGGGAAACUUAAUGUUUACAACAAGAAGAACUGUUUUCCGGAACUCUUAACACCCUCUAUGAAAGUGAAAGCCUGCAUGAAUAUGCUAGAACCAUUUAAUGUUUAGUUAUUGUAUAGUAAGUGAAGUCAGUGUGCAAAACAAUUUAAUAUAUUGAAUUUGUAAAUAUGCAGAAUAUGGUUAUUUGUGUAUGGAAUCUGUGCAUUAUCAUAUUUUUCCAUAUUUUUGGUGAGUAAAAUAUUAAUAUGUUAAUGGAAAUUAGAUGUUUACUUCUGAAGGAAGAUAAUUAUGAAAAUAAAACCCAAGACUCUAUGAA